CCAUGAGCCUUUAUCUUCUCUAAUACCCAUCUUCCUCUUUUUUAUUCAUGGCUUCUUCUUCUUCUUCUUCCUCUUCUUCUUCUGGCUUAAAUACUUAUAUAAAUUCUCAACCCACCUUCUCUUUCUCGACCCAUCUUCUCAUGUCGUCGUCUUCUUCUUCUUCUUUCACCAAUCUUCUUUCGACUAAUAUCAAAGACAUGGACAGUAUUAGCUGGGGACUUUAUGACCAUGGAACUGAUGCAAUUGGUAUUGAAAUCCCAAAGUUCAAAUCAUUUACACCUUCUUCUUUACCUCUUUCUCCUCCUCCUGUUUCCCCUUCUACUUAUUUGGCCAUUCCUCCUGAUUUAAGCCCAGCUGAGCUCUUGGACUCGCCUGUUCUUUUUUCCACCUCUAAUGUUUUUCCUUCUCCAAUCACUGGGGCUUUUGCUGGUCAAAGUUUCAACUGGAGGAAUAAUUUUAGUGAGAAUCAGAGAGGUGUUAAAGGGGAAGAGAGAAGUUUCUCUGAUUUCUCUUUUCAAACCCAAACAGCUCCCACAUCUUCAUCCUUCUUUCAAUCUUCUUCAAGCUUUAUCCCAGUGGAGCAGUCAAUGAAAAAGCAACAGGAAUCAUGGAAUUUUAACAAACCCACAAAGCAAACAGAUUUUUCAUCAGACAAGGGAGGAGUUGUAAAAUCAGAAUGUAAACCAAUGCAGUAUUUCUCCUCAGAAAUGGCUCCAAUCCAAUCAACCAUACAAAAUAACACUGCUUCUCAACUCAGUUACAAUCAUUACAACAAUCAACCAGCUCCAUACAUGAGAGAGCAAAGAAAGUCAGAUGAUGGAUACAACUGGAGGAAGUACGGACAGAAACAGGUUAAAGGAAGUGAAAAUCCACGUAGUUAUUACAAGUGCACUUAUCCAAAUUGCCCAACCAAGAAAAAGGUAGAGAGAUCUUUGGAUGGACAGAUUACUGAAAUAGUCUAUAAAGGAAGCCACAAUCAUCCCAAGCCUCAGUCUACAAGAUCAUCCUCUCAGUCUAUGCAACCUUCUGCAGGAGUCGGCUUAGAAAUCUCAGAUCAAUCUGUUGCUCCAUUGGAGUCUGUCAACAUGCAGGAGGAUUCUUCAAUUUCGAUGGGAGAUGACGAAUUCGAACAAAGCUCACCAAUUAGUAAUUCAGGUGGAGAUGACGAUGAAAAUGAACCUGAAGCCAAAAGAUACAAGGGACAGAAUGAAAAUGAGGGCAUUUUGGGUGCUGGGAGCAGGACUGUUAGAGAACCUAGGAUUGUGGUUCAGACAACAAGUGAUAUUGACAUACUUGAUGAUGGGUAUAGAUGGAGGAAAUAUGGACAGAAAGUAGUCAAGGGAAAUCCCAAUCCAAGGAGCUACUACAAGUGUACGUCAGUUGGUUGUCCCGUUCGAAAACAUGUCGAACGAGCGUCGCACGACACAAGAGCAGUGAUCACCACUUACGAAGGGAAGCACAACCAUGAUGUUCCAGCGGCUCGUGGAAGCGGCUAUGCAUCCAACAGACCUCCAUCCAAUGGUAACCCCAGCAGCAUGCCCAUCCCAAUAAGACCCUCAGUCACAACCAACACAAAUUAUCCAAGCUCGCUAAACAGCACAAGGUUACCAACAUCAGCAAGUCAAGCUCCAUUCACCCUGCAGGAAAUGUUGCAGGGUCCAGGGAGCAUUGGGUUCUCAGGUUAUGGGAAGCCAAGCGGCUCAUACAUGAACCAAACACAGAGUGCAUACUCCGGAGCCAAGGAAGAACCAAAGGAUGACUCAUUUUUCGACUCUUUCCUCUGUUGAAAAGACAAAAGCUAACACCACAGGCAGGCAGAAGUUAGGAUUCAGGAAACACUUUUGAAUUAGAUAUGCUUGUAAUAGUGUAAUAUAGACGUAGUUAUAAUUUUUUCAUUUGUUUUGAGGCCCUUCUAAGCUCGACAGCAUAGGCCUCUAUUUGUCAUAGUAUCCAAUAAUCCAGCAGAAACCUAAAUGGUUCAUUUUUCUUAGCAUCUCAUUUGAAUGGAUAAGAAUUCUAGAA